AUGCUGGCACCUACCCCCCCAUUCCGUGUGAUGAUCAUUGGUGGCUCUUAUGGUGGUCUCUCAGCAGCUCUCAAUCUAUGGGAUCUGACACAAGCUCGGCUUCCUCGCUUCAACUAUGCGUACGAUGGGCCACCUCCAUCUCAAAAAAUUCAAAUCCAAACCACCAUUGUCGACGAGCGCGACGGAUAUUAUCAUCUUAUCGGAUCCCCGAAGUCCCUGCUCUGCGAGAAACUCGCCUCUGAAUCGUGGACUCGCUUUCAGGAUAUUCCUGCAAUUCAGUCACCUCACUUCAAGACUGUUCAGGGCACUGUAAGCAAGGUUGAUUGUGCUGCCAAGGUUGCCCAUAUUCUUAAUACAAAUACGGGCGCAACCACUGCCGAACCGUACGAUUUCCUCAUUGUAGCUUCGGGGGUUCGUCGAUCGUACCCGACAGUUCCUCAAUCAUUGAGGCGGGAUGAUUACCUGGAAGAAGUCAAGAAGCACUCUGGUCGAGUGCGAAAGGCUCCUGGUGUCGUGGUCAUUGGUGGCGGUGCUGUUGGUGUGGAGAUGGCUGCGGAACUGAAAAUGCUCGAGCCUGACCUGGGGGUAACUCUCAUCCACUCACGAGAUCGGCUCUUGUCGUCUGAGCCCCUGCCCAAUGAUUUCGCCCAGCGUGUUCUCGCUACACUUCGAGAAGAUGGCAUUGACGUGAUCUUGGGCCAACGAGUGGUAAACACCGUGGCCAUAGACUCCGAAGGAGAGACUCGUGUAUGGCGUUUGACACUGAGCGAUGGACGAGAGAUGACGACAGGACAUGUUCUUAGCGCAGUAUCACGAUGCAUCCCGACAUCAACGUAUUUACCGGAAGAAACUCUGGACGAACAAGGAUACGUCAAAGUUCAGCCCACUUUGCAAUUUGCCGGCGACAUACCUCACGCUGACUGUCACUAUGCGAUUGGCGAUAUCACCGCCUGGCCGGGUAUCAAACGGUGCGGAGGCGCCAUGCAUAUGGGCCAUUACUGUGCCUUGAAUAUUCAUCAAAAAAUGCUGUCCCUCUGCCGUGGUGGAAGUCCCAAUUUCAAGACUCUUGCAGCAUCACCUGCAGUCAUCGGGCUAGCUCUUGGGAAGAAAGCCGUCACUUAUACGCCUGAUGAGGGAACUCGUUAUGGAGAGGAGCUGUCGAAGACUUUAUUUGGCGAGGAUAUGGCCAACCAGAAGACUCUCGCUUUCCAACGUGCACUGUUAUCACUUUCACUUCGUACCUCUCGGCGAUUCUUGAUCAUGAACGAUAGCUACAACAGUCAUGGAUCGUCUACUGUGCGAGAUUUUGACCAAGAUCUGCUCCUAUACCUGUCAUCGUUCAGCCAGGUCAGCAGCGCGUGCUAUGCCGCAGCGGUGCCCGUUCUGUACCGGACGAUCACGCUCAGGUUCUGGGAUAUGGAGAGUCUUCAGGCGGCCGUCGCAGGGGUGACGGAGGGCCAAAGAGGUCAGCUCUUCCUUAAAUGGGGCAGAAGGCUCUGCAUCGUUGGCCAGGCUAAGGAAGAAGGAUUUGGGAGCGAGGCUGGGAUGGACUUCCGACUAGAGUCACGGGCGACCAGUGUGAUCCUGGAGAACAAGCCCGCCAUGCGAGACGGCUUCUUGGAUUAUUGGCUGGCCAUCAGUGAUCCUAUUCCACGUAGGCAAUUCCUAAUCGGCAAUGGCAGAAGUCAUGACCACUGGGACUGGGUGCCGAUCGAAUCUCUCAUUCGACGUUCAGAUCAUCUGCAACAAGCUGACUUUCUGACACGCGGUGAGGUCUCGGUGGGGCUGGAAUCCGUCAUUUCUCGCCAUCAUCCAGAGUGCAAGGUGAACAUCCUCCACCCGCAGAUUGUGGAAUACAGCAUGCUUGAUGCGGAAACUAGAAGUCAACUUGGUCCACCAAACCCGUCAGCUGAGUUCCUGUUUGACAUCAACUUCCUUCUCCGACCUCGCCUUCACGCCCUUGCCGUAGCUCUGGUUCUGAGAGACCGGACACAGAAGCCGAGCCUCGUUGAGAUGUACCCCUUCCUGGUCCACACUCCAGGCCUGAAACAUCUUGAGGUGGCUCCUUUCAUCCGACCAGGCCCAUUUCCGUCACUUGACCGACUCAAGGAACAAUGGCAAGCCUUGCACGAUACCCACUCACCCAAUUACACUGCGCACUCGACCGCCGGCAACCUUUCCAACCUGCGCACGCUCGUUCUUGCCAUGCCGGUGAGAAACUGGGCAAGCUUGCUCAAGGUCGCCGAGCUUUUUCCACGCCUUGAGCGACUCUUCUUUGAGCCAAGCUCUAUGGUCAUACGCUGGCAGAGCAUCCAGACCGAGAUUGAGGAUUUGGUGGCUGUCGUCAGAGCAUUUCCGCCUCUGAAGUACCUCAGUGUCUACGACCUUGAGAGUAAUGAGAAUUUACGCCGGAUAGUCGAUCAACAUGGCACGUCGUUGGAGGGACUGAUCAUCAAUCCUCUGAACUUUUUGCAAUACCCAAAGCUCAAUGAGUUUGAUUUGAACCACCUCGCAACCGACUGCCCCAAUCUGAUGGAGCUGCGGAUUCAAAUCAAGCGAUCAACGGGUGGUCAAGCAGAGUGUGAGAUGUACAAGGCCCUCGGAAAAUUCUCCAAGCUUCAAAAACUUGUGCUGGGUCUUCACUUUGAUUCUCGGCCGCAGCCAGUCGACUUCCCGUUGGCCACUGACGAUCUGAACAUUCUCAGAGAGCUCAUUAUUAACGCGGCGACCGACGAGAAACUCACCUCUGCGAUUUGGCGGUUGAUCAAGUCCAAUGGAGCCCCUAUUCUACAAUGUCUUCGUGUCGUGCCAUUCGGGAAUUGA